AUGUUCGGUUUACAGGCAGCAGCACGCGUUCGAGUGUUUGGCGCUAGGCUACCCGGUAACGAAAGGGACCUGGACCUGCUCGAGCGGGUCCAGAGGAGGGCCACGAAGGUGCUUUUAUGUGUUACAGAUAAAAGUCAUCCAGAGUCUUCUCUCUUUAGAGUUGAGAUCUGCCUUGAAAUAGGAUCUGGAUCUGGUGUGGUUUCAACAUUUGUAGCUUCUUCCAUUGUUGGAUCCAGUGCACUGUACAUAUGUACUGAUAUCAACCCGAUGGCAGCUUACUGUACACUGGAGACAGCUCUGCUUAACAAUGUUCACCUUCAGCCAGUCAUUACUGACUUGGUCAAAGGACUCUCUCCAAGAUUAAAUGGGAAGGUUGAUCUACUGCUAUUUAAUCCACCAUACGUGGUAACACCUUCUGAAGAGGUGGAAAGCCAUGGAAUUGAGGCAUCCUGGGCUGGUGGCAAAAGGGGCAGAGAAGUAAUGGAUAGAGUGUUUCCAUUAGUACCAGAUCUGCUUUCACCGGGAGGAUUAUUCUACUUGGUCACAAUUAAAGAAAAUAAUCCAGAUGAAAUUCUGGAAACAAUGAAGAAAUGUGGCUUAGAAGGCACACGGGUACUUUCCAGGCAAGCAGGACAAGAGAUGCUUACUGUCCUCAAAUUUAGGAAGUCUUGAUAACUGCUCUUAACCUUCCAGAUACUGGGAAUGCAGAA